AUGUCUCGUGGCAAUCAGCGUGAUGUGGACAGGGCCCGUGCCGCGAAGCGCGCCGGUGGCAAGGGCACGCCGGCCAAGGACAAGGAUGGGCUGACGGCUGCGCAGCGCAAGGAGCGCGAUGCCAAGGCCCUCCAGGAGAAGCUUGCCAAGAAGCAGACAGCGGAGGGUGCGUAG